ACAAUGUACGGUGAUGAAGUUAAAAUGGGGAUGCCUGGAAGCAAAGGAUGGCCGGAGCCCCUGGAGAAACUCCAGGGUCCUUUCCCGGAGGUCACCCAUGGUGGCGGAAGGUCAGGGUAUGUGAACGCUGGCGAACGACGAGGUACCGGAUGGCGAUGCAGGGCGAGCAGUAUAAGUCGAUGUGGCGUAGGAUGCAGGAGGUCGAGGGGUGAGUCGAGGCGGAGUGCUCACGGGGCCGGAUGUUAGAGGUGGCUGUGUAUAUAGGCUGAGAGAUGUACAAGCGAAGUGCCGGAGGUUGUGGCGAUCGUCAUGGUUGCAUACGAGAUGGCCAGCCUAGAACUACGAAGAGAAAGAGAGAGAAACGUCAAUUGGAGUGGUCAGAGGAAGGAAGGGGCCACAGGCAUGUGCUCUUGUUCAGGGCGUGGUUUCUGGCACUUGUCUGCGUCGAGGGCCGUGUUGGGAAGGGGGCAGCACAAGAUGCCAACGUCAGACUGGACAGGGCUGGCAGCAAACAACCGGCAAAUAAGCAAAGGACGACUGGCACGUCGCGUCCACGGGCGCCCGAGACGUCGGCCGUGGUUUCGAACGAAGGAAGCCCAGGUGGGCUGCAGCAGCACUGACGUCGUCGGCUAUAUCCGCAUCCGCAUCCCCACGGUUGGACGGGCUGCUGCGGUCUCGCGACCAGCAGUUAUGCGCGAGAGCAACCAUCCCAAUGCACGUAUGAUGGUCUGCGCAGGGCCGGCUGCAGCUCGUAACCGAGCGGUGGGUGCAGUGCAGGAAGCGACGAGUGCCAACGAGGUUGUGUGCGUGCUGGCGGCAUCGACUGUGGUUCGCGAGAUGCACGAGGAGGGAAGGAAGAGGCCGGGAUGGUGCAAGAACAGGAGACACGGGCGACUCACCCUAAGCUGCGGAGGCCAUGCAGGGGCACAUGUGGGUGGGCGAGGCUGGCGGUGAGGAGAUAAGGACGACGUAGGUGAGGCCGUGGUAUGUCGAGCGGUCUGCGAAGGUGAAUCCGUGACGUGGAUGUCGCGUUGGUUCUGGAAGAGAAAGCAGGAAAGAAAAGAGGACGACAGCAGAGGUUAAAG